UGGCUGCUUCUCUGACUCCUUCAGCAAAGGGGUAUCUUUUAGGCAAAAAGGUGAUGGAAGACGCUUUGGCGUUUGCGAGAGAGUAGUUAAAUAGUGUACUUUGACCUUUCUGCCAGGACAAGGAAACUGGAACAGCUGACGACUCCAAACUAGCUGCCAUUUUCGGGUCAUUUGAGGAUAGGAGUUGUUUCCCGCAGCCAGCAGCAGUUGUUGCAUGGAUUAGCUCUCCUUUUCGGCUGUCACUGGCAUGGGGGCAUCGCUUUGUGUUGCACUGUUUACUGGGGGAAUAUAAACCAUGAUGGCUGAUGGAUGUUGCAGAAGCAUGGAAAGAGUCAGGGGUAAGAUUGCAUCAGAUCCUUCUUCUCAAAGAACAUAUCCUCCUCAACAGUUCGUUCAGACCGGCUCCACGCAACCUCCUCAACAGGGCAGUGAUAUCCAAGAGCUGGCCUCCAAGCGCGUGGACAUCCAAAAGAAGCGCUUCUACCUGGACGUGAAGCAGAGCGUACGCGGACGCUUCCUAAAAAUCGCAGAGGUUUGGAUUGGCAGGGGGCGCCAUGACAACAUCAGAAAGAGUAAACUCACUCUGUCCAUGUCCAUGGCACCGGCUUUGCGCUACUGUCUGGGGGACUUUAUAGACUACUAUGCCAGGAUUGGGCUGCGGGGUAGCAUUGUGCCCCCUAAUCUUGAGGACACGCGCAGGAGACCACAGGAGCAGCAACUGUCUCCUACCGGGUCCGCGGCAUCUGAAGACCACGCGCACCGUGUGCUCAAAAGCGAGUUUAUAGAAAGGGACAACAGAAAGUACUUUUUGGAUCUGAAAGAGAACCAAAGGGGCAGGUUCCUUCGCAUUCGACAAACUGUCAGUAAGGGAUACGGCACCAUGGGUUACUAUGGCCAGGGCAUUGAGCAAACCAUCGUGCUGCCCGCGCAGGGUCUCAUUGAGUUCAGAGACGCGCUGUCGCAGCUAAUUGAGGACUAUGGGGACGACGACGGCGAGGACCGCGGCCAGGCAGUACGGAACCACGAAGACGAGCCAGAGCUCCCAGAGGCUGCGUCCUUCCGAGUGGACAACAAGAGGUUUUACUUUGAUGUCGGGUCUAACCGGUACGGAGUCUUUCUAAAGAUCAGUGAGGUACGACAGCCUUACAGGAACACCAUUACGGUUCCACUCAAAGCCUGGGCUCGC